UUAUAUUUUCGUGUUACAAAACUCUUUAGUCUUUCAUCGAGUAUUCACGACGUAGAUAAGCUACAAACAUCUCAGAUUAUCAGUGGAAAAUCCAAUCGUGUGUUGACAUAACAAGUGUGCAAAUGUAUAAACUACACAGUUAAAUUCAAUGUCAUAUUUAUUUGACAAUUUGCUAUAAUUAAUUUGAAUCAUGUCUUGUUGUUUUGAUCAAGCAUUUACAUAUUUAUAUGAUCGUUUUUGGCCCCAAACAAAUAUUGAUAUUCCCGAUGGCCUUGAGGAUCUAUUAAAUAUUGAUAAACUUUUUAUUGACGAAAGACUUGAUGGAAUUGAUGUUUUUACAAGAAAAUAUUGUCAAGCACAUUGUGUAAUUGUCAACAUGACGGGCCAACCAUUGUACUCAAUUUAUCAAGAAUCUCAUGGUAAAAAACAAGACAGAUCAUUUCGAUCAAGCUCAGUAAAUUCGAAAUUGAAAAUUCAUGAUAAAAAUGGAAAAGAAGUACUGAUGCUUGAAAAACCAGAUUUUUUAAAUCACAAUGAAGUUUAUGUUUAUUCUGGAAGAUUAAAGCUAGGAAUAAUUAAAAAACACGAUUACUAUUCUCAACUGACAAAAUUGAGUGUAUUUAAUUCACGAAGACGUAGAGUUUUUGAAAUUAAUAUUAAUCCAUCAAAUAAUAUCAAACAAUAUGAGAUAAACAGCACAAAAGGACAACACCAUAAAAUUGGAGAAAUAAAUAAAAAAUUUAGUGAUUCAAAUGGAGAAUAUUGUAUUAAUCCUGAUAAAUAUGGUAUUUAUUUUUUUUCCAUUGAAUUUGAUGUUAAAGAAAAGGCUCUUUUAUUAGCUGCACUAUUGCUCUUGGAUUCCAAUUAUUUUGAGUGCUGAAAAUAAUAACAACAAU